AUGAAUUUACUGAUAAUUUUUCUAAAUCUUGUUUCAGCGGUCGUUCAACUUCCUCUGUUGAUUUUCCAUAAGCUAGGUGUCGAAGAGUAUCUAUCUUAUUUCCAGACACCAUCCAACAGACCUGAUAAUAUUUCUGCUGUGUCUCAAGAGAAUAAAACUAAGAUCAGUCCAAGUGCAAAACCUUUACAUGAGGUAGCCACGACUCACUGCUUACAUCAGAAGAUAAUAAAAGCUAAUGAUAUUGUUGAUAUUGUUCAUGCACACGGUUAUAAAGUCCACGAACAUAUUGUCCAAACGAAAGACGGGUAUUUAUUAUCAAUUCAUCGAAUAUUGAAGUCUUCAGGUGAUAAGCCCCAAAAUUCACGUGUAGUUUACCUGCACCACGGGUUGUUAACUAACAGUGAAUUGUUCUUGCUAGGAGAAAAUAAAGAGAAAUGCCUCCCUUUCCUUCUCGUUGAUCAAGGUUACGACGUGUGGUUGGGUAAUAACCGUGGAAAUAAGUACUCUAGAAAACAUCUGUUUCUAUCCUCAACAGAUGAGAAAUUCUGGAAUUAUUCUCUGGAUGAAUUUGCUAUGUUUGAUAUCCCUAAUACCGUCAACUAUAUCUUACGCAAUACCCAGCAGGAUAGCUUGAGUUAUAUCGGAUUUAGCCAAGGAUCAGCACAAUGUUUGGCUGCAUUAUCUUUGAAUCAUGAUUUGAAUAAAAAAAUAAACAAGUUUAUUGGCUUGUCACCUGCUAUGAUACCACAAGGUUUGAACAAUCCUAUUGCCUCAUUUUUAGUUACUUCAGCGCCAGGAUUAUUGUACAGGAUAUUUGGGAAGCGUGCUAUUUUACCUUCAGUCGUCUUUUGGCAAAAACUAAUGGGACCAGUUUUGUAUGAAAAGGUUGUUGAUAAAUCCUUGGUUUUUUUAUUCAACUGGAAAUCGGGAAAUAUUAAAACAUCACAAAAGAAAGUUGGCUAUCCCCAUAUGUUCUCCCCGUCGUCGGUCAAAUCGGUAGCACAUUGGUUUCAAAUCAUAGACAGUAAAAGAUUUCAAAUGUUUGAUGAAGGUGGUGCAUCUGGAUCUAGGUUGGUGUAUUUAAGUGGAACUUCCGGGAAAACAAAUAGAGUAGCAUCGUUUCCAACACAAACUAUAACUACACCCUGUUUGUUUGUUUAUGGAAAGUCUGAUAUGCUUAUCGACAUCGAAAGAACUUUGGAUAACUUGAGCUGUGAUAUUCAAACCAUUGGAAUAGACGGGUACGAGCAUAUGGACACCUUAUGGGCAGAUCAGGUUGAAAAUACAGUAUUCAAACCUAUUUUCAAAUAUUUAGCUAACUUACACAUUAGAAAGUAA